AUGAUUUAUCGUGGUCGUUUUGAGCUUUUUCACCACAUGCAAGCAGAUGUUGACAAGAAAGUUCCAACAGAUCGACAUCGUCCAAAAGAACUUGUGAUUGAGCUAUCAUUUCCUCUUGCUACAAGUGCAAAAGGUUUAGAUUUGGAUGUUAGUGAUCAAAAGCUUCGGCUUUUACCAGGUCCUGAUGUUCCUGGAGACUAUGAACCAUUAGAGGUAACACUGCCGUAUCCUGUGAUUGAAUCGAAAGGAGAUGCGAAAUUUAAUCGCAAAACUCAUAAAUUGAUCGUGACGUUACCCGUGCAGCCUCCAAUGAAGCCAGAACCUCAACCAAUCUCAGAAGUAGCUUUGAUGGUAGAACAUGAUCCACAAGUUCUUGCAUUCAAGCAACGAGCGCUAGAUGCUGAGUCUGUGACUUUCUCAGUUCUCAAUGAAGAAACAAUUUCUCACUCCGACAACGAUUGUGAUUCAAAGGCUGCCACUUUCGACGUGGAAACUACAUCAAUUACAGCCGAAGUUGAAGCCACAAAGACGCUCACGCCUCCGUUUGAGAUACAGGAGACGUCUUCAUGCUUUUCUUAUAUUGUGAAUGUGGCUGGUAUUGAGUCAAUGAGUGUGCAGCUCACCUUUCCAUCAACAACCUCGUUACGUCUGUACUUUAGUGAUAAUACUAAGCACGUGUACGAAUUAUUCAUUCCAAUGCUUUCAGUUGAUAUUGAUCCCUUUCGUGCUGAAGUUGACGUCGCUAGUGAAAACAUGGUGAUUAUUCUUUACAAGAAGAGUCCAAUCUUACAAGCUGAAACAACUCAUUCUGCCGUACAACCUGAUGCCUCGACAUCAUCACUUGCACCUCUUCUUGCCUCAGCGCGCUUUAAGAAUCAACUUGUUUAUGAACUUGAUUGA